AUGUGUCUUGCUAUGUUCUGCUUAGAAUUGAAUCUUCGGAAGAUAUCUCUUGUUUGUGUUAAACAUAGUAAAAAAAAUCAUUGCAUUAUGUUCAAACUGAAAAAUAGAGAUUUCCUUCACUUACCGUCGGUGUGGGAUCUGUAUAAAGAUAUUUUAUUUAAAAAGAUUUAUUUCUAUGUACAAGCAUAA